GCAAGCACUGAGUUUCAUCAAGAGCAUCUGAGAUUUCUUGAUUUUUGUUUUCCUCUUCAAGACUUGUGUCCUCUUAAUAGAGUUUCUGCUGUGAGGACUCUCAAAUAAAAGUGGACUCUGUAGAGAUGAAGUCAGAUGCAUCAGUUCAUGAUGAUGAUUCGUCUGCUUCUGAGUUCCAGGGGGAAGACCAGCUAAUGGAAAGAUGUUCACUCAGGUGUUUGCCUGGCAGGGUAGAAGGGUCCACCAAGAGAAGACUUGCUGCUAAUGCCAGGGAGAGGAGAAGGAUGCAAGGACUUAACACUGCUUUUGACAGUCUAAGGAAAGUGGUACCCCAGUGGGGAGAAGACAAGAAGCUUUCCAAAUAUGAGACUCUGCAGAUGGCUCUGAGUUAUAUUAUGGCACUGGACAGGAUUCUUACAGAAGCUCAGAGAUACAGGAAUGAUGGAGAGUGGACAAACCUUCAUAACUGUGAACAUUUCCAAGAAGAACAGUGUCAGAAUUACCUGGACCUCAGAUCUCCAAGUGUCUGUGACAACAGAAUCCCAAAAUCUUUUUCCCAUUAGUCCUUUUGAUGAUUUAGACAUAAAGCAAUAUUUAUUAAUCAGAUGAUAAAACAGCAAAGGAGGUAACAUUGAUAGGAUUACAUGGUGAUGUUGUGGCUAAGCUGAUAUUUUGUAUCAAGGAGUUUAUAAGGACUGAAACCUUCACAUUCUAAAUGAUAACAAAGCAUGCAAGUGUCUAAUAUUUGUCUCUGCUCUGGAA